CGCGCUGCAGUUCCGGUCGGAACUACCCGGCGGGGCACGCUGACAUGGCUUCGCUGGUAGUGAGCGGGGCUCGGCACCUGCUGAGGCGAGCGGACUUCGCGAAGGUCCUGCGGAGACACCGACAUAAGAAGAAAUGGAAGUCAUCCUAGAAGUUCCCAGUUUGGUUUGAACCCCCAAAUUUCAAUGAACUCUCCUUUUCCUACCUUCCUGGGGUCUGGAAACUCCAGAAUUACCCUCCACCCUGUGAUUGCAUUAUGGUUUUUGCCACUGCAUAACCUUAGGCUGCCACAGAGCCCAAAUUUCCUGCCACUCGCCUGGCUCUGCAGAAUUUUGACAUGACCUACGGUGUGCAGUUUGGAGAUCUUUGGCCAUCGAUCCGGGUCAGUCUUCUCUCAGAGCAGAAGUAUGGUGCACUGGUCAAUAACUUUGCUGCCUGCGAUCAUGUGAGUGAUGAACUGGAGCAGCUGCAUGCCAGAGACUUUGUGAAUAAAGCCCACUCCCAUGGGGAACUGGAGCCUGAGAGUGGCCAGACGGCAGCUCCAUCCCCAGCUUCCUGGGCCUGCAGUCCAAACCUUCGAUGCUUCACUUUCACCAGAGGGGAUGUCAGCCGUUUCCCUCCUGCCAGACUUGGCAGCCUAGGUGUCAUGGACUACUACCUGAUGGAUGCUGCCUCCUUGCUGCCUGUCCUGGCCCUUGGCCUGCAGCCCGGCGACACCGUGCUUGACUUAUGUGCAGCCCCCGGGGGAAAGACACUAGCAUUGCUUCAGACUGGCUGUUGCCGCAAUCUUGCUGCCAAUGAUCUCUCCACUUCCCGAACAGGCAGACUUCAUAAGGUCCUUCACAGCUAUGUACCUCAAGAUGUUAGGGAUAAAAGUCGAGUUCGAGUCACCUCAUGGGAUGGCAGGAAGUGGGGAGAACUGGAGGGGGACACCUAUGACCGGGUGCUGGUAGAUGUGCCCUGUACCACAGACCGCCACUCCCUUCAUGAGGAGGAGAACAACAUUUUUCAGCGGUCGAGAAAGAAGGAGCGGCAGAUGUUACCUAUGCUGCAGGUGCAGCUUCUUGCGGCUGGACUUCUUGCCACAAAACCAGGAGGCUACGUUGUCUAUUCCACCUGCUCACUCUCACACUUACAGAACGAGUAUGUGGUUCAAGGUGCCAUCGAGCUCCUGGCCAAUCAAUAUAACAUCGAAGUUCGGGUGGAAGAUCUGACUCAUUUCAGAAAACUUUUCAUGGACACGUUCUCUUUUUUCCCAUCCUGCCAGGUUGGGGAGCUGGUAAUCCCGAACCUCCUGGCCAAUUUUGGGCCUAUGUACUUUUGCAAAAUGUGUAGACUGACAUAGUAUCACCCUGUUCCUGGAGCCCUGGUGUGUGAAGACAAAGGGUGUACUUCCAAGGAGGCACCGGAAACUGAGACCAUUGGCAAAGAUGCACUCUGGGUCCUAUCUCCAUCGUGUUCAAGUCUUUCUAUAGAUAGUUUUUAGCAAUAGGAAGUAGGAGUUUUUCUGUCCUGCUGUCCAGUUGUGGAGCAUCAGCAGGUUUCUAACUCACUUAUACUCCACCUCCCACUUUCCAUCUCUAAGCCUAUACUAAACGUUCCUGCUCCAUUGGGGGCUUAGGAGGAGGAGCCAGUGAGCAGGCCCACAGUUUAUACUGUAAACUUGGGAAGAAGCAUUUAGUCAAUAAAAUUGUUGAAGCUCCAAGAGCUGAGGUUAUGAUUGGGGGCCUCAUACUAAUCCAAGUACUGUUAGUUCUACUUGUACCAGCUGCUGCUCCUGAGCACUAGCUCCUAGGUGGCUCAAUGUCUGGUUACAGAGCCCCUCUGACACUUGAGAUGAGAUCUGCAUGAUCAGUCUUGCGCAGUCGGCGGGCCAAAACAAGGCUCCCUAGUUUCUCCAUAUGGCCUAUGAUCUAAUGUAAGAAACAAGUAACUAAAAAUGGUAAGCCACUGCAGUCAGCUUACUUAAAUUGAGAAAGCUCUUCUGAGCUGAAUAAUUCCAGCUAUUCCUCCUGCUCGCAACAGCACUGCUGCCCCAUUGUGGCUGGGGAAGUGUCUUUACCACAGGGUUGUGUUACUCUUCUGUGUGUCUCUUCUAUUGUUCAUUCCUCUAGCAAGUAUUCUUUGAGUUCAUGUAUGACAGGUAGCCAGGGAGAUACUGGAGAUGUAGUAACUGGGAUUGUGGGGGAUAAUGAGGCCUCAUCCUUGGGAAUGGCAGUGCUCCUCCUUUGCCUUCUGAGCACCUAGGAAUCUCCUAAUGUCUUACUAUGUUCUGGUUUUUUUUCCUUGUUCCUGGUCUGUGGCUGAGCUCUGCUGCCAUUUGUUUGACCCACCCCACAUCACUCAAGAGCUCUUCCUCCGGCAUCAUACGGACUCACCUCACACAGUGUGUUUACUAUUUGCAUGCCAAUUAUAUUAUUACUAGAUGCCUGGUGCACUAAAUUCAUGCACGGGGGGCGGGCAUUGUCCCUCAGCCUGGCCUGCCCCCCCCAAGUCCGGGACCCCUCACAGAUGUCCUACUGACGGCUUAGGCCCCCCUCCUAGUGGGGACCUCCCCCUGUGGGAGGGGACUGGUCAAUCAGGUAUAUAGGUACUUUCUGGAGGCAGCAUGGACUCCUUCCUUAUUUCUUUCCUCUGUGGUUGGAGAACAGGGGACUAAAAGGUGGAGACGGAACUGUGGCUGGGCCUGGGGCAUUUGUAGGCAGUGGAAAGAGGGAGAGGACUGGGGAAAGUCUAGACCAGCCGUGGGCAAACUACGGCCCGCUGGCCGAAUCCGCCAGUUUGAAAUGAAUAAAACUAUUGAAAAAAAAGACCGUACCCUUUUAUGUAAUGAUGUUUACUUUGAAUUUAUAUUAGUUCACACAAACACUCCAUCCAUGCUUUUGUUCCGGCCCUCCGGUCCAGUUUAAGAACCCAUUGUGGCCCUUGAGUCAAAAAGUUUGCCCACCCCUGGUCUAGACACAUUUCCUUUGAUUGUCCUCCCUUCCUCAGGGCCCCUCCCUCCGUUUUUUCCUUCUCAUGAUGGGUGCUUGGACCGACUGGAGCCCAGCGAUGGUGGUGUUCAGUUCCCUCACUUCUCAGCUGAACGUACGGCCAGGUGGGGCUGUUUUCAAGUGACUAAAGUGCUGGGAAUCCACAGCUCCCAGCCUCUCCCUUCUCGGUUUCCUUCUUGGGUUGGUUGCAAAGUUCACCAAGACACAGAAGCAGCUCUGCCCUGGUAGUUCUGCACUGCUCCCUGCCCAGGCCCCACCGGGCACUCUUCUGGAGUCUCCAGGCCCACAGUCUGCGCUUGGGGAGGUCGCCUGGAGCCCAUUCCCCCUGGGCAGUGGGGUAGGGGGGCUAGCUUGGAGAGCUGGAGGAAGAUGGCAGAGUAACAGUUUGUAUGAACUGGCUGGUGAGCCAGACCUCCUAAGCUCCCCACCAGGCCCAGGCCGGGCCCCUUCCCUGCACCGGGAGGACCCCGGCUGAGGUACCCUCCCUGCACCCAGCGCCCUCCUCCCUGUUCCACCACAGGGCGGGAGCAGCUCGCCUGUGGCACUCUGGUCCCUGCCAGCUAGGCAGGCAGGUGGCAGCACAGGCGUUGUGGUGGUGGACUCGAGCCUCCUCUCCCUGCCUGGAGCACAGGGUGGGUCUGCGACUCGGAGGCAGGCUCAGGGCUGGGGCGGGCACACAGCAAUAGCAGGCUGGGCAGUCUGUGCACGCUCACUCCGGGCUCCAGCCCGCUGGGCACCUGCUGAGGAGCAGCGGCAGCAGCAGCACUCCUCAGCGAGGCCCUGCGCCCCUCGCAGCUGCCCCUGGGCACUGUGCAUGGAGACACUGCUGAGACACUGUCCAGCCCAGGACCUGCGGGAGCUGGGGUGGACUCAGGCUUGGCCGGCUGUCCCUGUCCCUGCCCAUCAGUUGGGAGCAGCCUACACCUCCGAGGCAGCUCGAUGUUAGCACUUGACUUCCGCCCCUGUCCCUGCCCACCAGCUUCUGCCUGGUCAUGACUCGGACACCAUUAGGAUCAAAUUAGCAUAUUACCUCUUUAUUAUAUAGGAUUGUAACUUUAGCACAAAUAAGGCAAUACCUUAAUGACAGGGAUAUUAAAAAUUGCUUGUGGUCACAUGUAGCUAUUGCUUUUUUAAUUUUAUUUUUUUUUUCUGAAAAACUGGUCCUUGUGCAGAAAGGGUGCAUAUUUUUAGUUCUUCCCACUAAUCCUUUCUCUUCCUCUUCUGUCACUCUAUUUGCUCUUUAUGCCUUUUCCGCUAGUCCUUAUUUGAAUAUUAGAGGUACCAGCUGAGAAAGAUUUUAGGUGCGGUUAAGGCGUCCUUUCUUGGGAUUUGCAUUAUAACAGGUCCCUGGAAGACCUUCCAGACUCAAAAUCCUGGUGAAUCUAGGAAGAUGGGUCUCUAGGGAGUAGGAUCAUCAUUCGCUUCUUGUGUGGUAUGUGCUCCUGCCUGUUCUUUACUCAGCUACCUGGCCUUCUGCCCUUGGCCUCCUGGGUGUGCAAGUUGUGCUAGUUGAAAGCAAAGCAGAGAUAAUCCAAGAUGAGAGCGUUUUCUGCCCCUGGAAUCCAAGUCUAAUUGGAGACAGAGAUACCCAGGUAAGAAAAGCAGAGAAGUACUUUUAAAAAGAGUUUAUCUCCUGUAACUGAAUAGUAACCUACUCUACAACCCAGUUAUUCUAGCACAUGGGAUAAAUCCAAGAGAAAUGCAUAAAUGUACACUGGGAGACAUGUACAAGAACGUUUAUAGCAGCCCUGAUCUCAGAAAUCCAAAUGCCUAUGAACAAGAAUGGACAAACUGGUAUAUUCACACAAUGGAAUAUUAUACAGCUGUCAAAACAAAUGAACUACAGUGAAAUAUAGUAUGGAUGAAUCUUAGCAAUAAAAUAUUUAAAAAAUGUAGUCCCAAAAGAUUAAAUGUAGCAUGAUGCCCUUA